UACAAUGUGUUAGUUGUUAAUUUGUUAUAGUAGUAGCUAAACUUCCUACUAAUCCUCUAUUAAUAUACAAUUAUCAAAAAAAGUGAUGAUGAUAUUUAGAAAAAGACUAGCUCCUUGUUUUAUUUAGGGCUGUUUUCUUUACUAAUUAGUCUUAGUUAAUGUACAUAUAUUCUUAUCAACUUCCUCUAUUAUCCUAUACUUUUACUCUCUUUUUUUGUGUAACAAGCUAAGCUUACUAAGGAAAACCAAGAAAGCAAAAAUGGCAGCACCAAAAGGAGAUGAUUUAGGCCCAUUUCCGGUGAAAGAGCAGCUUCCCGCCGUCGAUUUUUGCCUCACUAGCAACCCUUCUUGGCAUGAAGCCAUCAUACUUGGGUUUCAACAUUUUUUAGUAAUGCUUGGAACUACAGUUAUGAUCGCAAGCAUACUUGUUCCUAAAAUGGGAGGUGGACCGGUAGAAAAGGCUCAAGUGAUACAAACUAUACUCAUGGUAUCAGGAUUAAACACACUUUUGCAAACUCUAGUCGGAUGUAGGACAUCAGUAGUCAUAGGAGGUUCUUAUGUAUUUAUAAUUCCUGCUAUCUCAAUUAUCUACUCUGAUCACUUUGGCAGGAUCAUUGAUCCUCAUCAGAGGUUCGUGCUUACAAUGAGAGCGCUCCAAGGAGCAUUGAUGUUUUCAUCAAUAUUUCCUGUUGUAAUUGGUGUUUUGGGCUUGUGGAGGAUCGUCAUGAGGAUCUUAAGUCCACUUGCUGCAAUUCCUCUAGUUACUUUAACUGGACUUGGCCUAUUCCAGCUAGGUUUCCCUCAGUUGGCUAAAUGCAUUGAAAUUGGACUUCCAGCUCUCAUUGUUGUGAUCUUUAUUUCCCAAUAUUUGGCUAGCUUGCUGAAGCCAUUUCAAGCCUGUGCUCGCCGAUAUGCAAUAUUAGCAACAGUUGGCCUUAUUUGGGCUUUUGCUGCAGUCCUGACUGCAGGGGGUGCUUUUAAAAAUAGCUCCCCACAAACUCAGUUUUACUGUCGAACUGAUCGUUCUGGUCUCAUCGGUGCUGCUUCUUGGAUACGAUUUCCUUAUCCCUUCCAAUGGGGACGUCCAACUCUGAAUGCUGCAAAUGGAUUUGCAGUAAUGGCUGCUGCUUUUGUAUCUAUGGUCGAGUCUACAGGUACAUUUAUAGCAUCAGCAAGAUAUGGCAGUGCCACACCAAUGCCGCCUUCAGUUGUCAGCCGUGGGAUUGCCUGGCUGGGCGCUGGACACUUUUUGAAUGGCAUAUUUGGUGCAGUAUGUGGUCCGACUGCAUCAGUUGAAAAUGCAGGACUUCUUGGACUCAACCAGAUAGGAAGUCGCCGAGUCACACAAAUAGCAGCUAUUUUCAUGCUUUUCUUUUCAAUUUUAGGAAAAUUUGGGGCAAUCCUAGCUUCAAUACCACCACCAAUAUUUGCAGCUCUGUACUGCAUUCUUUUUGCUUAUGUUGUCUCAGCAGGGCUAGGAUUUCUGCAGUUCUGCAACCUGAACAGUUUCAGAACAAAAUUCAUAUUAGGAUUCUCUCUUUUCAUUGGCCUUUCUGUGCCACAAUAUUUCAAUGAAGUCCUCCUGAUUACUGGUCACACUCCUGUCAACACUAAGUCAAUGGCAUUCAACAGCAUGAUACAAGUGAUCUUCACCUCUCCUGCAACAGUAGGAGGUCUCAUCGCUUUGUUCUUGGACAUAACUCUGCACCGUAGUCAUAGUGCAACGCGGAAAGACAGUGGUAGGCAUUGGUGGAAAAAGUUCAGGUCUUAUGAUGCAGACACCAGAAGUGAAGAAUUCUAUUCUCUUCCUUGGGGCCUUAACAAAUACUUCCCAUCUGUUUAAAUUGGAUUGUAUCUACUUUUUUUCAGUGUUCUACACAAUUAAACUGUGAUGCUUAUAUACUAUAGAAAUUUGAUACUUAAUGAUGGUGCAAGUACAAAUGAAGGAGAUAAAAUGAGAAAAUGUACCUGUUGUUGAUAUGGAUGAUUGAGUGACAUACUUCUAAUUGGCUAUUUUUAUGAUACAUACAAUUGUCUCAGGUUCAUCUUUCUUAAUAUGAAACAUAUGCUUCUUUUUUUA